GUGGGCUCUUGCGCAAAGUGGCCCUGUACAUACCAGACUCCAAAAUGCUGGACUCUCCUGCAUUAGGUGCCGCCCGAUCAUCUGGCAAGGACGGUGAGCCCCCCGUGGCGAGACGCAUCGUCAAGCUAAGCGUUGCAACCAUCCAGCGCAGCGUUUUCAUCUCUGUGUCGGUUAUGGCCAGGGGCAUGCUGCUGGCCAUCGCCUUCCUUGCGUUCAACCUCUACUACCGUAAGAGCAAGUACAUCAAGCUGUCCAGUCCCAAGCUGAACAACAUGACCGUGGUGGGCUGCUUGCUCGUCUACGUGGCAAUCGUUGUCCUAGGCCUGGACUACGACACGCUGGGAAGUGACACCCAUUUCACCGUCUUCUGCACUGUGCGGGCUUUCCUGCUGUCGGGUGGCUUCUCCUUGGCUUUCGGGGCGAUCUUCAUAAAGACUUACCGGGUGCAUCAUCUGUUCGUGCGCGCCUCCAGCGGCGUCAUCAAGAACAAGCUCCUUCAGGAUCAGCAGCUGAUCGCGCUUGUCUGCGUCCUGGUCCUCAUCGACUGCGCAAUCGUCACUCUAUGGGUCACCUUCGACCCCAUGGAAAGGAUCAUGCGAAACCUGACCAUGCAGAUCUCCAGGCUGGAGCGGGACGUGGUGUACCUGCCCCAGCGCGAGCAAUGCCACUCGGAGCACAUGGCCAAGUGGCUGGGCGCGCUGUACAUCUACAAGGGCCUGCUGCUCGUCGUCGGCUGCUACAUGGCCUGGGAGACGCGCAACGUCCAGAUACCGGCGCUCAACGACUCGCAGUACAUCGGCAUGAGCGUCUACAACGCCGUCAUCACCUCGGCGCUCGUCGUGGCGCUGGCCAACGUCAUCUCGACCGAGCGCUACACGCUCACAUACGCGCUCGUCGGCACGCUCAUAUUCGUCUCCACCACCACCACUCUGUGCCUGCUUUUCCUGCCCAAG